AUGUUGUCAAAGUUCUUAUUAUCCUCCUUCUCAAUCUUAGCUGCUUAUGCUAUUGAUCUUGAUACCUCCAGCAAAGACUCCAUCUGUUCUGCAGUCUCCACCAUCUCCGAUGGUAUCCUCGACUACUACUUAGGUACCAGAUAUGGUGGUAACGUUGGUAUGUUUCAACAGCCGUAUUAUUGGUGGCAAGCAGGUGAAGCCUUUGGUUCCUUAUUAGACCAAUGGUAUCUCUGCGAAGACAAAACCAACGAACAACUUCUUUACGACGCUUUAGUCUCUCAAACCGGUGACAAUUACGACUACGUUCCUUUAAACCAAACCGAAACCGAAGGUAAUGAUGAUCAAGGUGUCUGGUCAUUUGCAAUCAUGUCUGCAGCUGAAAAGGGCUUUCCCUCUCCAAAAAACAGCGGCGUUCCUUACGAAUGGGUUGAAUUAGCUGAAAACAUCUUCAAUUCCAUGUUCGGUAGGUGGGAUGACGAAUGUGGUGGUGGUCUUAGAUGGCAAAUUUAUGACACCAACGUUGGUUUUGAUUACAAGAACUCUGUCUCCAACGGUUGUCUUUUCCAAUUAGCUGCCAGAUUAGCCAAAUACCACAAUGAUCCAAAAUACACCUACAUUGCUGACUACGUCUGGGAAUGGACCACUGAUGUUGACUUCUUAACCGAGUACGACGACACUAUUAUUCUCCAUGAUGGUGCCCACACAUACGCCAACUGUGAAGAUAUCACCGACAAGGAAUGGACUUACAACUAUGGUCUCUACAUGGUUGGUUCUGCUUAUCUCUACAACUACACUGGUGAACAAAGAUGGUUAGACCGUACCAACAAAUUAUUGCACAGAUCCAAUGAAAUCUUCUUCAACAACAAUGUCAUGUACGAACAACAAUGUCAAAGAGCUGACUCAAAAUCUGUCUGCAACAAUGAUCAAAGAUCCUUCAAAUCCUUAUUCUCAAGAUGUCUAGGUUUAACCUCCGUCUUAGCUCCUUCAACUCGUUCCACCAUUGAAUCUUUAAUCGAAGCUUCUGCUAAAGGUGCUGCUGCCUCCUGUUCUGGUGGAAGUGAUGGUGUUACUUGUGGUAUUGACUGGACCAUGAAUUCUUGGGAUGGCUGGUACGGUUUAGGUGAACAAAUGUCUGCCAUUGAAGUCAUUCAAAACUUAUUGAUCGCUGACAGACCAGCUCCAUUGACUGCUUCAUCAACCUAA